AUGUCCAUCGUGGGAGGCACCGGCUUCAUGAAUUACGACCGGACCGCCCAGGCCACUGGCAUUCCGCCACUCACCUCGCCAGUGCACGAGGACGUGGGCGAUGCGCAUUCACUGGCCAAGACUACAUCGCAUAGGUCAAAGACCGGCGUGGACAAACAUGGCACCCCCGACUCGGAUACAACACAAGCAGGGGACGAAUCUGAGGUCGAGAGGUCGAGACGCGAGUCCAUCGUACACUCGCUGGCUCGCCGCUACACAACACAAUCAAAUGCCGGCGCUCAUGGCGGCAACCCCUUUCACGCCGACGAGAACUCGCCCCUGAACCCAGCUUCAGAGAAUUUCAGUUCACGCGCUUGGGCAAAGGCUAUUGUGGACAUGGAUACUGCUGGAUUCCGUUCAGCUGGUAUUUGUUACCAGAACGUCAACGUGCACGGUUUCGGCAACGCCACAGAUUAUCAGAAGGAUGUUGGCAACGUUUGGCUGGAUGCUGCUGGUCUGGUGCGCAAGGCUUUUGGCCUGAGCAAGCCGCGGAAGAUCGAUAUCCUGCGCAACUUCGACGGUUUGGUGCGCAAGGGCGAGAUGUUGGUUGUGCUGGGUCCUCCUGGAUCAGGAUGUUCUACCUUCUUGAAGACAAUCGCUGGCGAAACUAACGGUAUCUUCAUUGACGACAAAUCGUACUUCAACUACCAAGGUGUCACCGCCAAGGAGAUGCACACCCAUCACAGGGGUGAGGCUAUCUACACUGCAGAGGUAGAUGUGCAUUUCCCCAUGUUGACUGUCGGCGACACCUUGACUUUCGCAGCACAGGCUCGUGCCCCGCGCGAGCUGCCCGAAGGAGUCGACAAGCAAACCUACUCCAACCAUCUUAGAGAUGUCAUCAUGGCCAUGUUCGGUAUUUCCCACACAAUCAAUACCCGUGUCGGUAACGAGUACGUCCGUGGUGUCUCCGGAGGAGAGCGCAAGCGUGUCACCAUCUCGGAGGCGGCUCUUAGUCGUGCGCCGCUCCAAUGUUGGGACAACAGUACCCGAGGUCUCGACAGUGCCAAUGCCGUAGAGUUCUGCAAGACUUUGCGCUUGCAGACUGAGCUCUUCGGUGCAACUGCCUGCGUCUCUAUCUACCAAGCACCCCAAAGCGCAUACGACCUCUUUGAUAAGGCGCUGGUCCUAUACGAGGGUCGUCAGAUCUUCUUUGGCCGUGCCGAUGAGGCCCGUCAAUAUUUCAUCAACCUAGGAUUCGACUGCCCCGAUCGCCAGACCACUCCAGAUUUCUUGACCUCGAUGACCAGUCCCCUCGAGCGACAUGUUCGAUCCGGCUUUGAAGGCAGAGCCCCUCGAACCCCGGACGAGUUUGCUGAAGCGUGGAGGGACAGCGCAGAGUAUCGCAAACUACAAGCUGAAAUUGAGGAGUACAAGCAGGAGCACCCACUCAAUGGCCCAGACGCAGAUACCUUCCGCGCCAGCAAGCGCGCAGCUCAAGCUAAAGCACAGAGACUCAAGUCGCCCUACACACUCUCCUACGUGCAGCAAGUUAAGCUGUGCCUGUGGCGUGGAUUCCGCAGACUCAGCGGCGAUCCCAGCUUGACUGUUGGGUCCUUGAUCGGAAACUUUGUCAUGGCCCUCAUCAUUGGUAGCGUCUUCUACAACCUUCAACCUACUACUGGCAGCUUCUUCCAACGAGGAGCUUUGCUCUUCUUCGCCUGUCUUACGAACGCCUUCGCAUCCGCUCUAGAAAUUCUCACUCUGUACGCUCAACGACCAAUCGUCGAGAAGCAAAGUCGAUAUGCCAUGUAUCAUCCGUCUGCGGAAGCCGUGGCGUCCAUGCUGACUGAUUUGCCCUACAAGAUCAUGAACACGAUCGUCUAUAACCUGACGCUCUACUUCAUGACCAAUCUGAGACGCGAGGUUGGACCUUUCUUUUUCUUCUUGCUGAUCUCGUUUACUGUUGUUUUGGCUAUGAGUAUGAUCUUCCGUACUAUUGCCUCUGCAUCGCGAACGCUGUCACAGGCCAUGGUACCCGCUGCCAUCCUGAUUCUCGCUCUGGUCAUCUUCACUGGUUUCGUCAUUCCAAUCAGUUAUAUGCUGCCCUGGUGUCGAUGGAUGAAUUAUCUUGAUCCAUUGGCUUACGCUUUCGAAUCGCUGAUGGCCAACGAAUUCCAUGGGCGACAGUUCAUCUGCACCGACUAUAUCCCUAACGCAGCUAUACCUGGAUAUGAGAAUCUUAGCGAUCUGCAGCACGUCUGUAGUGCUGUCGCCGCUGUUGCUGGUAGCAACUAUGUCGACGGUGAUGCCUACAUCAACAGCGCAUUCCAGUACUACAAUGAGAACCGAUGGCGCAACUGGGGCAUCACCAUCUGCUUCAUCCUCUUCUUCCUUUUCACAUACAUGGUCUCAGCUGAGCUCGUGUCCGAGAAGAAGUCGAAGGGCGAGGUCUUGGUUUUCCGCCGUGGCUACAAGCCUGCACAGUUCAAGGAAAGAAAGGGCGACGAUGAAGAAGGCAUGAUGCGUGUCGGUCCCACUGCUACCAAUGAAAGGGCUACUGCCGGCAGUGACGGAAAAGAAACUGGCGCUCUGCAAGCCUCAACAAGCGUCUUCCACUGGAACAAUGUUUGCUAUGACAUCAAGAUCAAGUCUGAGCAUCGCCGUAUUCUGGAUAACGUCGAUGGUUGGGUCAAGCCUGGUACACUUACGGCCUUGAUGGGCGUGUCAGGUGCCGGAAAGACAACCUUGCUCGAUGCUCUCGCCAGCCGUAUCACCAUGGGUGUCAUCACUGGUGAGAUGCUUGUAGACGGGCGUCUUCGUGAUAACUCAUUCCAGCGCAAGACAGGUUAUGUUCAGCAGCAGGAUCUCCACUUGGCCACGACGACAGUACGCGAAGCUCUGAACUUCUCCGCCCUGCUGCGUCAGCCUGCCGAUACUCCCAGAGCUGAAAAGCUUGCUUAUGUCGACGAAGUCAUCAAGUUGUUGGAUAUGCAAGAGUAUGCCGAUGCCGUCGUCGGUGUCCUCGGUGAAGGUCUUAACGUCGAACAGCGCAAGCGUCUUACCAUUGGUGUUGAACUUGCAGCUAAGCCUCCAUUGUUGCUCUUCGUCGAUGAACCUACUUCCGGUCUCGACUCUCAAACUUCUUGGGCCAUUCUGGAUUUGCUUGAAAAGCUGACCAAGGCUGGUCAGGCCAUUCUCUGCACCAUCCACCAACCUUCUGCCAUGCUCUUUCAACGUUUUGACCGUCUCUUGUUUCUUGCCAAGGGUGGCAGAACUGUCUACUUCGGUGAUAUCGGUGAGAGCUCAAAACAGAUGAUUCACUACUUCGAGCGUCACGGUGCCCCGCCUUGUCCUGCCGAUGCCAACCCAGCCGAAUGGAUGUUGGAUGCCAUUGGUGCCGCUCCUGGUAGCCACACUGACGUCGACUGGUUCCAAACAUGGCGUGACAGCUCCAACUAUGCAGAGGUUCAGGCUGAACUCCAACGGCUCAAGGAUGACGCUCCUGAGGGCCCGCCCCCGACUGAGGAUCAGGGUUCCUACCGCGAGUUCGCAGCAAGCUUCUUUUCGCAGCUUGGCGAGGUCACGCAUCGUGUCUUCCAGCAAUAUUGGCGAACACCCUCGUAUAUUUACUCCAAGGCCGCCCUCUGCAUCCUCGUUGCCCUCUUCAUUGGUUUCGUCUUCUUUGAUGCACCAAACUCUAUCCAAGGCCUCCAGAACCAAAUGUUUGCCAUCUUCAACUUGCUGACUGUCUUCGGCCAACUUGUUCAACAGACCAUGCCUCACUUUGUCGUCCAGAGAUCUCUGUACGAGGUUCGCGAGCGACCGUCCAAGGUUUACGGGUGGAAGGUUUUCAUGCUUUCGCAGAUCAUCGUCGAACUGCCUUGGAAUACUCUCAUGGCUGUUCUGAUGUUUGUGUGCUGGUACUAUCCUGUCGGAUUGAACAACAACGCCAUCGCCGCCGGACAAGAGCACGAACGCGGUGCUCUAAUGUUCCUCCUUCUUUGGGUUUUCCUUCUUUUCACAUCUACAUUCACUGACAUGAUCAUCGCCGCAUUUGAGACCGCUGAGGCUGGUGGCAACAUCGCCAACUUGCUCUUCAUGCUUUGCUUGAUCUUCUGUGGUGUCCUCGCCAGCCCCGACACCUUCCCCCGUUUCUGGAUUUUCAUGUACCGGCUCAGUCCAUUUUCAUAUCUGAUCUCGGCCAUGUUAUCUACCGCUGUCGCAAACACUGAAGUCAUAUGCGCCGCGAAUGAAUAUGUCAGCUUCCAGCCUCCGUCGGGUACAUCCUGUGGUGACUACAUGGCCGACUACAUUGCAGCGGCAGGUGGAUACCUCCAGGACCCGAACGCCACGGACUCUUGCAGUUUCUGCAAGGUGGCCGACACCAACGUGUUCCUGACCAGUAUUCAAUCCUCGUACGACGACAGGUGGCGCAAUUUCGGUAUCAUGUGGGCCUACAUCAUCUUCAACAUCUUCGGUGCUCUCGGCAUGUACUGGCUUGCCCGUGUGCCCAAGAAGGCCAAGACGGAGAACCCCAAAAAGUCAAAACAGAUCACGGCCGCACCCACGACGUCAGCGUCAGAGAAGACUGCCGCCGUUUCUGCUGGCUCGUCCACUGCUCACUCAUAG